AUGCAUUUGGUCAGAUUUCCGUUCUUCUCGGUGGCGAUUUUUGACACACAUCCUAUUCUACCAAAGACCACACGUUCACAAAUCGUUGACAUUACAUUCCCAAUUUCAUAUUUAUGGAACUUUUUCCAAAUUCAGAUGUUGACUCAGAACGUGAGACUACUUUCUAACACAUAUAAUGGAACACAUUCACUUUCAUCGACCUUCUUUGCUGAUUGGCUACUUCAAAUUGGGGACGAGUUGGUUGUACAUCCUGACACAGACGAUCCACAAGACACCUCAUGGAUUCAGAUCCAGGAUUCAUUGUUGAUACCACCAGGGUCUGCUUCUCUAAAAAAUCUCAUAGAGUUUGUAUAUGGAACCAACAUACUUAACAAUCCCAUUACAGCUGAUUUAUUAGUCCGAGCAAUCGUUUGUCCGAAAAACAAAAUGGCUGACAUCAUAAAUAGAAUCAUCCUCAAAACGAUCGGUACGUGUGGCAAGAUAUACAACAGUACAGAUGGAAUGGAACCGAAUGGAAAACACACAUCAGAUCUAUAG